GUAAAGGUCAUCUUCUAUAAGUGAAAACGAUAUGUUCUAACUUCUUAAAUUUUAUAACAAAAUAGCUAUAAAAAAAAUUUCAACCGUGAUAUACAGACUUGUGAACUCUCUAAUACCAAAGUUAUAUCCAAGUUUAAAAAAAAAAUGAAUAACUAUCGUGUGUGACAUUUGACGAGGAGUGAGAUGAUUCUAGGAAGUGCAAGAGACAGAGUAACCCCUUUUGGAAGAUGAGGUAUGGAGAUGGAGGUAAAUGUUGGGCUACGGGCUCAGGCCCAGGCCCAUUUAUAAAAGACCCAUAGUUGGUAUCAGGCCCACCAGGCCCGCAACCCACAAUAUUUUGCAUAUCCAACUUAAAACAUCUGAACCACUCCUUUAUCAAGUAAGGAUAUGAUUAUGAAGGGGCCCGCCACCACGACGACGCAAUAUUGAUAGCCUAUUUGCUCGCAAGUUGCAACUGCAAGAGUUGUGAUAUUUUGCUCAGAAGUCAGAACAGAGCAGUUUUCCGGUAACUAUAUAGUAUAUACCAUUCCUCGAUCGGUAACUUAAUUUAUAAACCAGGCCCUCGGUAAAAAGUUGAUAGUAACUAGUUUUUACCUUCUGUAAAGAAAUUCACCACCAUAUAUGUUUCCAAUGAUUAGAAAGUGUGUCCAGUCGCUGGCCUGGCGGUGGAGCUCAGCCAUACCCUUCUUGCUGGCCUCGUGUUUUCCGCUUCCCCUCUCUUCUCUCAGUCACCAUAAUGGCACUAAUGGCUUCCUCCUCGCCGCUCUCCUCCUCCGUCGCAAUUUCCCGCUUCCACAACCAUUCCACCUCUUUCCUUCUCCCUUCUAAAUCCUCUUCUUCUUCGUCUUAUGUCUUCUCCCCUGCCAAGAGGCCUCUCCUUCUUCGCAUACCCUGCCGCGUCCUCGCCGGAUCUGAUCUUCUCCGGGACGUCGGAGCCACCGCGGGGGUGCUCGCCGGCGCCUACGGUCUCGUCCUCACCUUCGAUACUCUCACCCGCCGACAGAUUAUCCAGCAGGUGAGAUAAUUAAUUGAUGUUCGCUUGUCGCCGCCGGCGAAAAAGUAAUUUACCAUCUUCUUACGGUUUUCCUAAUUACGUUUACUUGAGGAUGUAGACUGCGAACUUUUCUUACCACUUAAUUCUCUUACUGCUGCGUUUUAGAUUGUAGUCUGUAGAUAUGGAACUGAUCCGAUUUUUAGGGUUCUUCCGUUAUUCCUGCGACAUCUAAUUUUUCUGCAAUAUUUACCCAUUUCCCAGAGAAUUAGAUUCUACACUAAUAAAUAAUACGUUGUCUUACAAAUGAGAUUUUAUACGCAUGUAAAAAAUUUAUACCUUAUCCGCUCCGGUUAGAUUCUUCAAAUAUGAGCUCACAAAUGCAAUGAUUCAUCUGGACAUAAUAUUACAAAUUUGAACUCUAAAAUGUGAUGCAUUCAUUUCCAACUUGACUGACCACCUGUACUAUGGUGUUCUUCUUUUUUUUUUUUUUUUACCACUAGUAGUUGUAUUCGUUGCGCUUGUUGUUUUGAGAGGUCAAAUCUGUAACUACUGCCAUGGUAGUACUAUGAAGCAGUUUUUUUUAACGGGUAACAAUGAAGCAGUUUGUUGCUAUACGAGGACUGAGGAGGAUGGAAUAUGAUGUGAGGCAAGAAUUUGAGCAGGAAACUAGUCCAUGUGCUCUCAGGGUUGGUCUUUGUCAUCUCUUGGCCUAUUUUCAGAGUAGCACCUCCUCCGAGGCACGCUACUUCGCUUUGUUUGUGCCGCUUAUGAACUGCCUGCGGCUUGUUAUCCAUGGUUUCUCGUUGGCUACUGAUGAAGGGCUCAUUAAGUCAGUUACCAGAGAAGGAAAGCCAGAGGAGUUGCUGAGAGGGCCUCUAUUUUAUGUGCUUGUACUGAUCGCGUGCACACUUGUUUUCUGGCGCGAGUCUCCGGUUGGGAUCAUCUCAGUGGCAAUGAUGUGUGGUGGAGAUGGCAUGGCUGAUAUCAUAGGAAGAAGAUUCGGGUCGAUGAAACUGCCAUACAAUCAGGAGAAGAGCUGGAUUGGUAGCGUGUCCAUGUUCACAUGCGGAUUUGUUAUAUCGAUUGGGAUGCUUCAGUACUAUUCAGCUCUUGGUUACUUGCAGCUGGACUGGAGUUCUGCAGUUCCUGGGGUUGCUUUAAUCGCUCUGACAGCCACAGUCAUGGAGUCGCUGCCCAUUACAAAUGUGGUCGAUGACAAUAUCUCUGUUCCUUUGGUUAGCAUGAUAGCGGCAUACUUGAGUUUUGGUCAGUAGCAUAGGAAUCUGGGAGAUUCUGGCACUGUAGAAACUGUGGAUGGUAUGUCUGUAAAUCUCUACCACAUUCCAGUCCGUGGAGUUUGCCGAAAUUAGUGUAUUUGGACAUGAGAUUGGGGAAAUAGUAGAAUGCUAUAUUUUCGAUAACUUUGGGUGGUUUGCCUUCGUCCUCAAAUUAAGUUGUUUGCUGUCCUAAAUGGGUCAUUUUGUGAUUCAGCGUAACGUUUGGACAGUCUUAAUUUUGUGUUAUGUCAUUUGAUCAUCGUAUAUAUAUAUAUAUAUUUUUUUUAAA